UAGUGGGCACCAAAAUUGCAAGUAGGUUGUUAUGAUUACAUAAAUGUUAACUUCAUCAAUAUCUACUGCUAAUUCUGAUAACUCGGUAUUUGCACAUGAUUUUACCCACCAUUCUUAUACUGUUUGUGACUUGAUUCUUGUGUUUUAAGCCGAUUUCACGUUAGGUUGUUCUUGCAGUGAUCUAUUUCAGGUCUUGGAGUGGCUAAGCAAGCUUUGGAACGAGUUUAAGGUCAAAAGCACUAAAGGAACGAAAGGAGAAGUUCAAGGACCAGAAUCCCUGGCCAGCCAUCAAAAACCCGGUCAAGGAAAUGCCAUCAGAGGCCGGGGAAGUCGUCCUGGGAUUUUCCCCAGUCUGAACCCCAUUAUCCUCGACCGGGGAAUUAAGCCUGAGACCAAUGACUUACCACUGCGCACCGUAUUGGGAAAACCCGGCUUGUCUUUCAAAUACCCGACCAGGUAAUCAGGCAGGGGGUUCGAAACUCAGGUUGUUUAGAGCCAAACGCGGGUUUUGACAAGGCAUCCAAGUUUUAGAGCUGAAACAGAGUUUUAGAGAGAGAAUGUGACGAACCCAACCUCCAAGGUGACCUAGAUCGAGUUUUGACACCAUUGGAGCUCGAUUGAAGCCUAGAGAAGCACCGAUUGACAACCAAAAGCUGAAUUCCAUCCUCCACAUGAUCAUUUCUUCAUCUGAAGCAGAUUUCUCUUCUCUCUCUAUGGAGUAAACAUCCUCUCUCACCUAGGUAUGAAGAAUCCUAGAGUUGUAUGUUAGAUUGAUUUUAUGAACCCAACUACAUGAUAUUUUGAUAUUGAUUAAAUUCAAAUUGAGGCAUGAUUUCAGAAAUGCAUAUGUCCGGUUCACAUUCUUAUAGUUUCUGCUUUGACCUAGAAAGAGAAUAUCUGCAUAGGUUGAUAUAGCACCAUUGAUUGAAGGUGGUGAAUUAACUACUUUAGUCAAGAAGUCAGUUCACCGCUCUGUACUGGAUUUGAUCCAGUAGAGGAGGUUUUGCACGUUAGGGCCUCAGUUCGUUUACUCCGGUGGAGGUUAGUCACCCGCCGGGUCUGAAGACCUUUAGUCGAGACUUUAGGCCAAAUAAGAACCUUCCAGAGUAUAACUAUCAUUAUAUCUGAACUUGGUGAAUUACACUUCGGUUUAACUGCAAUCUAGGGGGAACCAUAUCCAGGUGACCUCUCUCAAACUUGAAUGACAACUUUACUGAUUUAUGUUUGCUUAGGUUAGAUACAAUUUCACUAUGUUUAAACUGCUAGAUAACGAGAACUUCAUGGAGUAGUCAUCACAUCUAGGACCCAGGUUGACAAAUAAAGCUAAACCCGCUAUACUACGCAUUAGUUUGUGGUAGCACAUUGAUUCGGACCUAAUUGCACACAUUUUAUCCCCGUUUCCCUUGGGCGUUUGUAGCAUUUGAACUCCUAAAAGGGUGUUUUUACGCUAGGUUUUGUGCGUUUUAGUGUGUUUCAGGAUCCAAUAGGUGAAACCAGCCCCGGAGUCGAGUGUUGGACGAAAAGAGGCAAAGAACGGGCAAAAAAGGUGAUUCAAGCAAAGUUCACGGUUUCCCAUUGGAGUUCACGGUCUCCCAAGGUCGUGAACUGAAGCCCAAAACCAUGAACCGCGAGGCAUCCAAGGCGAUUUCUGUAAUUACUAGCGCGAGGCGAGUUCACGGUCAACAAGACCGUGAACAUUGAGUGCAAAUCUUGAACUCAUGCAAGUGAAGUGGUGCGUUUCGACACAACACUAUGUGUUCACGAAGAAAGGAAGAGCCCAAGAGUGAGAAAGUGUCUUCUUCUUCAAAUUUUAGAGAGAGAAAGGACGAACCAAGGAAGAAGGAAAGCUACGGUUUGCUCCAAGUGGUGAAUUGGGAAGAAUCUCCCCAAGAGAAGAUAAACACAAGCUUAGAGGAGAUUGGAGGCAUCACCAUGAUGGUUUCUACCUCUUUCUCUUGUGUUCUUCCCCUUUCUAGCAUGGAGUGGUACUCUUUUUCACUUAGGUGUUGUGAAACCCUAACUAUUUGCCAUGUAGUUGUUGUGUGAAUUGAAUGAUUGUUUAUGGGUGUUGUUGAAUUUAAUGAUUGAGGUAUUUUUCAUGAUGAUUGUGCAUGUUUGUGCUUAGAAAUCCAAUUGGCCAUUCUAACCUAGUUUAGAGGGAAAAUCACCUUUCAAAGGAGGCUCAAUUGAGUUGGGUUCCUUGGGCAUUUUAAGCCACCUAUCUAGGUCAAUGUAGGGCGAACCUCUAUCUUGAAUUAAACAAUUUGGUUAAGCACAAUUAAGUCGUCCAACCAUUGUGUUGAGAGAGAGAGAGAGAGAGAGAGAGAGAGAGAGAGAGAGAGAGUAAGUCAACCCUCGAUUGCCUUAACUAAGAGGGCUACUUGAGUAGCCUAUAAUGUAUCCCUUCGUUUGGCAAUCGAGAGUGUGGUCUACGACCAUAGUUUCAUUUCCUAGCGGUUCGCGGUCACCUUGCCCAUGACGAUUAAUUUGAUUCCACGUGCCAUGGUACGAUUUAGGGGGAAGCGACACCCGAGUGAUCCUUCUCAUCUAGAGCUUUCAAACCAUUUACCUUUGCUUUGUUUUGAUUUAAAUAUCAUAGCUUUCAACCAAAAAUCGAUCCGCUAGAUAAUGCUCCGAACAAUGGAAGUAGGGGUACAUGGACCGACCCGGGUUGAUAUUUAAACAUACUUGCCCUAUAUUGCACCCAUCUAAGGUUUAUACUUGGGCCUUAGGUGGGAAAUUCGUUGUGAUAUUUGGGACGAGUCAAAUUUUUGGCGCCAUUGCCGGGGAACUUCAAUCCGUUAUCUUAAAAAAGUUGUUUGGUGGUAAUCUAGCUUUUAAUUUUCAGCUUUGUUUGUUUGAGUGCUUUGCUUGUGCUAGACAUGGUGUUCUAAGUGUGUGUGCAGGGAGGUGCAUGACCCGGAGCAAUCCGACGCCUUUAGUACCUCUUGACGAGAACAUCAACCAAACUCUCGACUCCUAACAUGGGAGAGGGAGUCAGCGGAAGCAAGGAGGAGAAGUGAAGAAAGGGGACAACAAUUGUGUCCAGGAUUUAGUGGAAUAGAAGUUGAAGGAGAAGUUGAUAUUGGAGUUGAGAUGGCAGAGAACCAAAGAGAAGGAGCAGCCGCCCAAGCUCACAACCACAAUGAUGAGGUGGCAUAGGGGGAAGCCUCGAGGACAAUGGGGUAUUGCAUGGCUCCACGACCGGCAGACAUUCAAUCGCCUAUCCUCCACCCACCCGUGGCGGCCAACAACUUCAGAAUAAAGCUGGCUCUCGUGACAAUGAUUCAGAACAAUGCUUUGUUCCACGGGCUCACAAGUGAAUCACGGAGGGAGCACGUGCAACUAUUUCUUGAGCUUGUGGGGAUUUUGAAGAUUAAUGGCGUGCCGGCAAAAGCUUGGCAAUUAAGGCUUUUCCCCUACUCACUUUCGGGGAAGGCACUUCGAUGGCUCAACAACCGGCCGCCUCAUUACCUCGAGAGAUGAUCUUCUCAACAAAUUCAUGACCCGCUAUUGCCCGCCUUCGAAGACGGCCUAGUGGAGAAAGAAGAUCAUCCAUUUCGAGCAAAAUGAAGAUGAAACCUUGAGGGAUGCUUGGGAUAGAUUCUCCGAUUAUUUUCUUCUAUGCCUGAUUCAGGCCUAAUUGUACAUGUUUUGACCUCGUUUUACUUAGGUGUUUGGGGCAAAUUCACUCCUAAAAGGUUGGUUUUAUGCUAGGUUUCUCAUGUUUUAGUGUGUUUCAGGGUUUAACAGGUGAAACCAGCCUCGGAGUCGAAAGUUGGACGAAAAGGAUCGAAAACCGGGAGAAGAGGUGAAAAAGGGCCAGUUCACGGCUAUCCCAGGAAGUUCACGGUCUUGCACGACGGUGAAGAAGAGCCCUUGACCGUGAACCUCGAGGCGUCCAGAGCCAAAGCAGAGGUUACUGAGACAAUGUGAGUUCACGGUCACUAAGACCGUGAACGGAGGCUGUUGAUCGUGAACAGAAGUGAACGAAGCUGUGCAUUUUGGCGCACGCCUGCAGUUCACGGACGCGUUUCAUGGCUCACAGCCGUGAACUCAGGUCGUGAACUAAGCUCGUCUUUGGUUUAAAUGAUGAGCUAAAAGGAGGAGAGAAGGGAGAGCCCACUUCGUGUGAAAAGCCUUCUUCAGAUUUCUAGAGAGAGAAAAAACGAACCAAAAGAGAAGAAGGCUAGGGUUUUGCUUCAAGGUGGAUUUUGGGAAAAUUUCCUCCAAGGAAAGUUCAACACAAGGGCCAAGAAGAUUGGGAGCAUCCUCCAAGAUGGUUUCCAUCUCUUCUCCUUGUGUUUUCCCCAUUUCUAGCAUGGAGUAGAUCUCCUUUCACUUGGGUGUUGUGAAACCCUAACUCUACCAUGUAAUUUCUUUUAUGUGAACUAAAUGAUUGUCAUUGGGUAUUGUUUAAUUCAAUGAUUGAGGUAUUAUUUAUGUUGAUUGUGCAUGCUUGUGCUUAGCAACCUAGGGGUUGUGCAUGUUUUGUGCUUAGCAUCCUUAGGUUUGUGCGUUUUGGUGCUUAGCAACCUAAGGAUUGUGCAUAGUUGUGUUUAGCAUCCUUCAGUUUUUUAAGCCACCUAACUAAUUAAAUUUAGGGCAACCCUCUUUGUUGAAUUAAGCAAAUUGGUUAAUCGCGAUUAAGCUGUCCGACCUUUGAGUUGAGUGAGGGAGUAAGUCAACUACCGAUUGCCUAAACCAAGAGGGUCAAGUGACACGACCUAUAUGGUUCAUCUCGGUUUAGCAAUUGAGAUUGUGGCACCCCUCUGCGGUUCGCGGUUACCUUGCCCAAAGCGAUCGUUCCAAUUCACAUUUCAUGGUAGUAGUUAGGGGGAAGCGACACCCGAGUGAGCCUCCCACAAAAGAGUUUUCAAACCAUUUACCUUUGCCCUAUUUUGUUAUAAUUAGCAAACUUUUAAACCAAAACUUUAUUGCUAGUUAAUGAUUAAAACGACUGAAGUAGG